AUGUGGUUCCUCAGUGUUGGAACUGAUGUCAGCCCGCGUUCCGUCUGGGAGGACUGUCCCCUUGAACCCUGGAUAUCUUAUCUUCCGGGGCCAAUCAGACGCCGCCCAGACGCUGUUGGAAGGACGGAAUUCGGAUCGCAGACAUAUCCGACAGCUGAGCAGCAGGUUACUUCGCCAGUGGAGGCCAAGAGAAAGUUUUUAGCUGUGGCGACCUUCCUGCAACAAACUACGGAGUACUCUCGUAGGGAAGUCUCACCACCACCUACACACCUCCUCCAUCGUACUAUGAAAGGGGGGAGUACGGGGUUUCCCGACGGAGAACGCAAGGAACAUCCUCCUUUUCUCUGCCUUGACGUUGGAAUGAUGCAGGAGGACGGAAAGCGGGUUUUGCUUACCCGCCGUAUCCAUAAAUCCCGGCUUGGCGUUCACGGAAGCUUGUCGGUCCGGGAGACCCGUGUCUCCGCCGGCAGUUGGUAUCCCCAGCUACGGAAGUAUGCUAUGGGCUACAUGAUUAAGAUUGAGUGCAAACGAUUAUCAAGAUGGCCAUACUCCAGUUCCUGCUCCAAGGCUACUUCUUUUACGACUCUUGUCCGCUGGAGAACUGAAAUCUAUCCGAAGACGCUAAAGAUGUCUAUAUCUACCAGAGCAAUUUUGAGUAUGGGGUGA